CCACCACACAGUGCUCACUGACAGUGCCUGUGCCCCUGUGCCACCCGACACUCGCAUUCGAUCUUGUUUUCUUGUCAGUAGUCACUAAGUUCCGUCCAUAAUAAUCGUUUAACCCGUUUACAGUUUUAAUUUUUCUGCCGUUUGUCAAAAGACUCCGUACGCGUACGACUGACUACGAACGGUCGUUGAACAUUAAUAAUUCGAUCGAAGAACGGAUUUCUGAACUUUGAAGUGAUGGAUAACUUUGGUGACAAUUUCGACGAUAACGAUGUCGAUCCAGCCGCAGAAUUUCUAGCUCGCGAACAAACUCAAUUGGCGGGCUUAGAAGACGAUCUCAACACACCCAAUGUACCGAUCGGUGUCACCCAAACCUUAUCAAACGGUUCAGGAAGCAGCUUUGAAAUAAUUGAUAGUGCAGAAAACCAGUUAACUAACUCUGUGAACGAAAAUGGAUUAACAAAUGGUUUUACAGCUACAAAUAGUGAUGAUGUAAAAAAAUUGGUUUCACCUAAAAAAAUUUAUACAUCAUCACCAAUUAUUGCUCCAAAAAUUGAAAGAGAAGAACCAGAAAAAAUUAAGAAAUGGCGAGAAGAACAAAAAACUCGAUUAGAAGAAAAAGACGCUGAUGAAGAAAAAAAGAAGGAAGAAUUACGAUUGGUCGCUAAAAAGGAAUUGGAAGAAUGGUACAAGAUUCACAAGGAACAAAUCGCAAAAACUAAAGAUGUUAAUCGAAAUGCAGAGAAACAAUUUGUUGCUGAAUCUGAUGAAAUUGAGCCGGGCACUGAAUGGGACCGCAUCUCAAAACUCUGCGAUUUUAACCCAAAAUCCAGUCGUGCUAGUAAAGAUGUAACACGUAUGAGAUCUAUCAUUCUUCAACUUAAACAGACUCCAUUGAAAAAAUCUGUUUCGCCUGCAAAAUAAUUUGUAAUUAUAAUUUCCUUUCUGUCAUUCCUAUACAGUAAAAUAUUUAUUCUAUUGAGUUUUUUUAUUUUAUAACAUAGCUACAUAGUAAAUAUAAUAUUAAAUUCAGAGAUAAUAGAUAUAUAAUAAUUUUUGUUGCAUGUUAAUGCUCAUUAUAUUGUAUUAUUUAUUUGUUAUUUAUAAAGUAUUAUUCAUAAAAUUCAAUUAUUUGUAAACUUAUCUGUUACUUGUAAUAUAUCAUAACCUUUUGCAAUAAAUAUCAAAUAUUUAUACUUAA